GAUUAAGAGUUUGCCACGCAGACAGAGGAGUGAAGAUGUCGGAGAGGAAGAUCCUGCACUGGGUUCUGUAUCUGCAGUUUUUCUGCUGCUUCUCUGGGUUUAUUUGUGCGGAUGUAUCCGGGGAUUCGGUUCAGAUUCAGGUGGUGUUUAAACCGGAGAACUGCAGUCAGAAGAGUAAACGGGGGGAUCUGCUGAACGCGCACUAUGACGGAUUUCUGCAGCAGGACGGAUCUCAGUUCUACUGCAGUCGAUCUGCUAAGAGAGGUGAGCCGCACUGGUUUGUGUUGGGUGUUGGAGAGGUGAUUAAAGGUCUGGACUUGGGGCUGAAGGACAUGUGUCCCGGAGAGAAACGCAAAAUCACUGUACCUCCAUCUCUAGCUUUUGGAGCACAAGGAAAACAUCCUGUUCCGCCCAACUCAACCGUGAUCUUUGAGGUGGAGCUGCUGCACAUACGGCGAGGACCACGCAGCAUCGAGGCCUUCAAAGAAAUGGACCUCAAUAGUGACCAGACUCUUACAAAAGAUGAGGUGUAUCAGCACCUGAAGAUGGAGGCGAAGAACUUAAAGGUGCAGAAGGAGGAGUCGUAUUUUGAGGACGUGGUGAAAGACGUGUUCCGCAGGAACGAUAAGGACUCGGACGGAACGCUGUCUAUAAAGGAGUAUAACGUAUACGAACACGAUGAGCUGUAGCCGGACCUGCUGAACCUCACAGACAUUUCUCCAUAAACUCGUUUCUGUGGAGCUUCAACAGGAGCAGGAGUUUAAUCAACACCACUACAAAUUUAAUAAACAUGAUUUUUGGUGA